AUGGCCACCUCCACCAUGUCCAUCUGCUCCAGUGACCUGAGCUAUGACAGCCGGGUUUGCCUGCCCAGUUCCUAUGAUUCUUGCACUGACUCCUCCUGGCAGGUGGACGACUGCCCAGAGAGCUGCUGUGAGCCCAGCUGCUGCCAGUCCAGCUGCUGCCAACCUAGCUGCUGUGAUCCCAGCUGCUGUGCCCCAAGUUGCUGUGUAUCCAGCUUCUGUGCCCCAUCUCCCUGCCUAGCCCUCAUCUGCACCCCAGUGAGCUGUGUGUCCAGUCCCUGCUGCCAAUCUGUCUGCUGCACACCCUCAUGCUGCCAGCAGUCUAGCUGCCAGCCCUCAGGCUGCACCUCCUCACCCUGCUGUGUUUUUUUUUGCCCCAAGCCUGUCUGCUGCACAUCCAUCUGCUCUGGGUCCUCCUCAUGCUGCCAGCAGUCUAGCUGCCAGCCCUCAUGCUGCCAGCCAUCCUGCUGCAUGCCUGUCUGCUGCAAGCCUGUCUGUUGCAAGCCCUGCUCCUGCGUGUCCCUGCUCUGCCGCCCUGUGUGCAGACCCGCCUGCUGUGUGCCCACCUCCUCCUGCUGUGCCUCCUCCUGCCAGCCCAGCUGCUGCAAGCCCUGCUCCAGCAUGUCCCUGCUCUGCCGCCCUGCCUGCUCCAGCCAGGCCUGCUGUGGCCUCUCCUCAGGCCAGAAGUCCAGCUGCUGA